CUCCUCCGCGAACAGAAUGUCUUCUAAGAUGAAUGGGAGUCCGCCGCCCUAUGAUUAUGAACACACUGAAUAUGGAUACAAUGUUGCACCACAGCCUGCAUACUCGAUUUAUCCCGAUGAUGAGUUCCAGCAUUUCUACCGCUGGACGUCUCCACCGGGCAUCAUAAAAAUCAUGUGUGUGAUCUCUAUUAUAUGCUCUGUGGGCAUCUUUGUGUGCGUUGCCUCCACUCUGGCCUGGGAUACGGAUGCAGGCGCUGCUGGGUUCGGCUCCUAUGGAGGAUCUUAUGGAGGAUCUUAUGGAGGCUCCUAUGGAAGCUCUUAUGGAGGGGGCUACGGAGGAAGUGGCUAUGGAAUGGGUGGAUACGGCGGGGGCUAUGGAUACGGUAUCCUUGGCUCUCAAAAUGACCCCAGGCAAGGCAAGGGCUUCAUGAUCGCCAUUGCGAUCAUCACCUUCAUCGCUCUCCUCAUCAUCUUCAUCAUGAUCAUUUCCCACCAGAAGCUGUCCAGAGGCAGGAAGUUCUACCUGGCUGUCAUUAUUAUCAGUGCCGUUAUGGCCUUUUUCAUGUUGAUCGCCACUUUUGUCUACCUGGUCACAGUGUACCCUAUGGCCCAAUCCUCCGGGUCUAUGCAGUUUAAUCAAUUGUACAGCAUGUGUGCAGCUUACCAGCAGCCUCAGAUGUCAGGUGCGUUUGUGAACCAGUACCUGUAUCACUACUGCGUUGUGGAUCCACAGGAGGCAAUCGCUCUUGUUUUGGGCUUCAUCGUCACCGCGGCCCUCAUCAUCAUUAUGGCCUUUGCCAUAAAGACCCGUCAACGGAUCAAUUAUCACGGGAAAGACAACAUCCUGUGGAGGCGUGUGAAAGAGAUGGAAGACCCCAACUCGCCCCAGGAUGUGGAGGAUUGGGUAAAUGAUGUCAAUGGAGUUCCUGAUCCACUGUUGUCUGACUAUCCAGUGAAGUUCGGUGGCUCUAGAAGUUAUCUAGACGACAACAGUACAAAUUAUGACAAACCUCCUCCCAGUGAAAGCCCUGUAGAGGUUCUUCGUGUACUCCCCGUUCGCAGUUCGGCUCCUCUAAGCAGUGCAUCAGACAUUACCAGCUCUGCAGGACGACCCAAGAGAUUGCGCGCUAAACGACCACGACCUGCCGGCGGACCGGAUUAUGAGACGGACUACGGCUCCUCUGGAGAUGAGCUGGACGAUGAGGAUUUCUACAGUGAAUUCCCUCCAAUUGCUAAUAUUGAUGAGCGAGUAGACUACAAGAGUCUGUUUGACAAAGACCAUCAGGAGUACAAGAAGCUUCAGGCAGAACUGGACCAGGUCAACAAGCGUUUAGCUGAAGUGGACCGUGAACUCGAUGACCUUCAGGAAGGCAGCCCACAGUUCCUGGAUGCCAUGGACGAGUACAACAUGCUAAACGGCAAAAAGAGGAGUGGUGAUUACCAGGUGAAAAAGAAGAGAUGCAAAUAUCUGAAAUCAAAACUGAGCCACAUCAAAAAGAUGGUGAGCGAUUACGACCGGAGAACCUGAAGAUCACAGACACAGAAUCCUGUGUGAAGUUCCCAUCAUGGUAGGAAAAACAAAGACACUGGACAGUAUUUAACAAACACCCGCAGGUAUUGGUGUCUGUCCAGGUGCAUCAUCACAGUUAGUGGGCCGGGCUGUUGAUUUAUUCAUGUAGAUGUUCAAGGUACACAAGCUCAUAAUGCCGAAUGCAAUAUUUUUUUUUUCCAUAAUGAACUGGCUUCAAAAUCAGGGUUCAAACCGUAUGUCUUUGUUUUGUAGUUAGUUUAAAUGUUUGAGUAGCUGUUACAUGUUCAGUUUUAAAGUAGAUUGAACUAGAAGUUUCGAAACAACUGUUUGUUUUAUAGAUGUAUUUUAUUUAGCUAUUCAAAAGUUUCUCAGAGGAUGAAAUAAAUGUGCCAUUUGAUUUUACAUGCUGGUGGUUUGGAACUCUUCAUUCUUCACUAAACUGUGAUCGGUAACCAGUUAAAGGUUACAAAUACAAAUUUGUCGUUUAAGUUGUAUUUAUACCUUUUUUUUUGUGUGAAUGUUUUUACAUGUCUGAUGUGUAAAUAUCUAAUUUAAUGUGAACCUCAUUUCUUGUUUUACUCUAAUAAAACCAUUAUUAAAGCCAUAAUAAAAAAAUAAAGAAC